UGAAAAUAUCAUACUUAACGAAGCUGGGGUUAGAAACCAGUCCACUGCAGUGUGACCAAAUCGCCAUGGCAACACCACGAACACUCGCAUCUUCCAUUCUCCAUUCCCACACUAUUCCACGCGCGCCAUGCCGCUUCCGCUUUCACUUUCGCUUUCCUUCAACUUUCUGCACUCUUACAUUUUCCUCUUCCAAAUUUCCCGCUAAAUCUUCUUCGCGCCUCACCGUCUUCUCCGCUUCAUCCGCCGACCACCGCCACAGCACAUCUCAAGACCUCGCCGUCCUUCUCGAAGUCGACGGGGUUCUUAUGGACGCGCAUCGCGUAGGAAAUCGUAUUGCCUUUAACAAAGCUUUCGAGAGGCUAGGGCUCGAUUGCGCCAACUGGACUGAACCUGUCUAUUCGGAUCUUUCGAAGAGAAGUGCUGGAGAUGAAGAAAAGAUGGUGUUUCUGUAUUUUAAUCGCAUUGGAUGGCCUGCUUCGUUACCCACAAAUGAGCAGGGACUAUUUGCAAAAAGAGUUUUGCAGCAAAAGGAAAAGGCGUUAGAAGAGUUUGUAAUGUCAAAAGAUCUACCUUUACGACCUGGUCUCGAACAAUUUAUUGAUGAUGCAUAUAAUGAAGGAAUUCCAGUGGUAAUACUAACGGCAUACAGUAAAAGUGGUGACAAUAUUGCUGGGUCCAUAAUGGAAAAGCUUGGCAAAGAUAGAAGCAUAAAGGUCAUUAUUGUAGGGAAUAAGGAGGUUGAUCAAAGUUUAUAUGGACAACUAGUCUCGGGAAAGGUAAUUGCUUCUGAUUUGGAUGAAGAGCUUGCCAAGGAAGCCAAUAGAGCUGUUUCUGCUGAAAGACAAAGACUAGCGAAGGAGGUAGCAUCCGUGCUAAAAUUGAGCGUUGAGAUUGAUACCAACUCAUCUGAAAGUCUAGCUAAGAUUGUUGCUGCACUACGAGCGGGAGCAGAAUAUGCAGGGUUACCCGUCUGCAAUUGUGUCCUUGUUGCUGGAAGCCAAUCUGGUGUAUCUGGAGCUACACAGGUGGGCAUGCCAAGUGUUGUUUUACGAAGCAGGUGAUUUGCUCUUGGAAGUUCAACAAACAUUUUGACAUCUAGAGCCGAGUUUCCAUUGGCAAACGCUACAGUAGAUGGAUUUGGAGGUGCAGAUCUAACAAUUUCAAAAUUACGUAAUAUACGCCCGAAGAACAAGCAAAGGACUGAAUGAGCACUUCCCAAAAAAUUAGCAAUAAACACAACAUAAUCACACUUGCUCUGGAGUUAGAGAUUUUUUUUUGCGGGCAAGCAACGGAGUUUAAGAUAGCAACCUGAGCAAAGACUAAUCUCUUCUCGAUUGGAAUUUGGCUGUGGAGAAGCUCCUACUGCAAUUGCUGGGUAAAUGUAACUGUAAUACGUCUGAUGUAAGAUUUUUAUUGAUAACUUCUCAUGGUGGAAUGAGAACGUGUUAGUAGUGGUCGGGUGGUUUUUUGUAAUUGACAUUGUGGCAUACAUUAUUACACUGACAUCCCAAACACUGAAUCUACGUCAAGUUCAAAGUUA